AUGAGAUCUUUGUUUUUACUAUUUUUUUCGACAUUUUAUACAAUCAGUCAUUCGACUGAUUUUUGUGUGCUAACUGUAGAGAGUGUGAAGAAGAUUCUUAUUGCGAAUGGUGUCACAACUGAAGAUGAAUGGAACGAAAAUGUUUCUCUUUACAACCAAGGAUACAAACAAAGAUGGCGAGAUUAUAUCAAAUGCUCAUCCUACUAUCGAUCGAAAGGGAGUUCGAAGAUCAACAAUUACCUUCAUAAUGGAAUUUUCGAUCCGUCUAAACGACACCUCUUGUUUCCACCUGAAGUUCUUGAUAUCGCUGAUUUUCCAAAACGUUCUUCGCAGCAAAUUCGCAGAGAUCUUGUGAGCUUGCUUCAUUCUCCCAAUAACCCAGACGAUUAUUAUUUUUGCUUGAAAAUUCAACGACCAGCUCCACCUGCUCUUCCAGAUUAUAGUGAUGAAGACUAUAUUAUGUAUGAUACCCCCGAUAUUGAAAUGGAUCAAACUCUUCCAGAGCUCUCUGAUACUUGUUCUUUGGCAAAUAUUUUUUCAAAAAUAAGAAGACCAGAAGAAAGCUUUGAUCAGAAUAAAUCCUUUUCUGGUCAAGGCUCUCAGAAGACGUGGAAUUAUGUUAUGUUGCAGAUGUUGAUUACGAGUAAAAUGGAGAAUCUACCCACGACGGGCAUUGUAAAAUUUUUGCAGAACGUUGUUGACGCCAACAAGUGCUUGGGCCCUCUCCGGAAAACCGAAAAUGGCCGAGUUAAAUACGCGAUUCCUUCCCAAUCGUAUAUAAAUUCUCUUGUACCCGGAUUUCCAGCUGUCCUUCAAACUCAACGUGUACAGUUCCUCGAAUCUUCGGAAUAUGUAACGUUAGCACUAGGAAGUGGUUGGCGUGAGAUACCCUAG